UCUAGAAAAACAUUUUUAAAAAUUGUAUUUACUUUGUCACAUGGAGGCUGGCAGAAGGAGAGACGAUCCUGGGAGUGGCUUUGCAACAAUGGGGGAACUUUAUUAUGAACAGACUAGACCAACAAAGGACUGCGUGGGAUCAAAGCAAAGGCGGGGCUGUCGCAUAAAGUAGCAUAAAAAACACUGUCCACAAAUGAGGAGCUCUCUCUAAGAGCGAAACAAAGAGGAAGUUAGGACCUUCUCCGAAGAUGUGGAGCACUGAGCAAUACUCCAAGGUCAACAGGCGCGCAGACAGUGCCUUGCAGUACAUAUGCGCCUCCAAGCCGGACAUCAGCAGCCAGCUUAGCGGCUCAGCCUUUUGUCAACUACGACCCGAGCAAAUGAAACAGCACAGACCACAUCACAGCAGAGACCAGCAGGGAAGUAACCAGGUCAGACCACCGGCAGUAAAGGAACGCAUGCAGAGUGCUGGGAAGGAGAAAAUGAGGCCCGGACAAGCCGAGCUGGAAAGGCGUUCCAAGAUGGAUAUGGAUCAGGAGGAUCCCCACAUGGCGGAGAGUCCGGGGGAGCCUCUGCCCCCCACCCCCCCUCACAGUUCCUUCUACAUCGACAAAAAACAUACAUUUGCAUCCCCAAAGUACUCUCCUCCAGUGCCCAGUAGAGUAAUCCCUCCUCCCAGAGUGCCCCAAAGGAAAACUCCAGGACCUGUCGUCCAAAGGGAUCUGAAACCAGGCCGAAAGCAGGAACUGCACAGUGAAGCCAGAACAGCGCAUCAAGACAUAGGCGUCAAUCUGAAAGUGGAAAAUCUGAGAAUUCAAGCCCUUUCCAGGUCUGGGGAGAAGUCAUUGGCUAUGAAGAACAGGCAGUCAGUGGAGCUUCCACGGCAUGCCGGUGCCGGAAUGGGACGGCCCCUCACACCCCCAAGGUUCUCUCAGGAUCUGGAGUUCCCAGAUGCCAAUCCAAGGUUUCCUAGGCCGAGUGAAAGACAUUUCAGAGUGAAGGCGACACCCCACAGGAUGCAAGAAUCCCACGAAUGGAUGCGUGUACAGGAUGACAUCGAUGUGCAUCGACGAGUUCCCUGCAGCAGGCCUGCAAAGAUGAGCAGUGAACAGAACUGGUACAUUGGUCCCUGCCAGCGGGCCAAGACAGAGAACGCCCUGCACCUGGCCAAUCAGAACGGGGUCUUCGUGGUGCGAGAUCACUCCAGGAGUACAGAAGAGGAGCCCUUUGUCCUGGCAGUGAUGCAGGACAACAGGGUGUACAACAUAAAAAUCCGGUUCAUAAAGAGCACCCACAAGUUCGCCCUUGGGACUGGCUUAAGAAUGAAUGACAUGUUUGACUCUGUAGACGAUAUCAUUAAAUUCCACAUGAUAUUUCCCAUACAUCUCAUCAACGGGAAGGAUCUGUCAGACCACCAAAGGAGAUGCCUGUUAACUCGCCCUCUGACAAGAGAAGAAAUGAUUCAGCUACUAGACUAAAAUGCCCUGUCAGAAAUCACCCUCCCCACUGCAGCAUACUUUUCACUGUAAUUUUGUAAAUAAUGAAUGAUACUUUGAUAAUUCAGCACCCUCCAGCCUGAACAGGGUGCAUGUGUAUGUUUAGAUUUGUAAAAUCACACCUCACAGUCAUUUCAAUCAUACCUAAUUGAGAAUCAUUAAGCUUUAAGUAAAUAAACAAUUGUGGUCAGCAAA